CACAGAAUACUGGCAUUGCUACCACUGGAACUCCAUGAAAAACUGUUUCAAAUAAGCUCAGUAGUCCGCCAUGAGUAACGAAAGCUCGAAUUUUAGGAUGUCCUGAAGAAGACAGUUUCAUCCGAUUGAAAAAUAAGUCAUAAUAAACACGAAGGAAUCCGAAUCGUUGUUGAAUGGUUAUCAAUAGGUUUUGAAAUCCACGGUGCCUGAGCAUUUUAUGUCAUGCCAAGUUCAAGGUAUGGAGUAAUGGAUGUUUUCUGUGGAAUCUACGAGAUUGCUACGAAGUCCAACGGAAGUGGAAAAUAAAUUUUUACCCAAAACUAGGCUCAGACAAACGAGCGACGCGACGAAUGAAAAAUCUCGAUUACCUACUUGUAUUUAUGCCCAGCAGAAGAACAGAAAUGGAAGACUUGCAACUACGAUAUUGGGAUUAUUGGUAAUGGCUAUAUUUAGGACAGCACUGAGUAAAACUACGUAUUAUAUCGGAAGACCUGAGGUGGAUUAUUACGCUCCGGCAGCUUACAGUUAUAAAUACGGAGUGAACGAUCCUACAACUGGAGAUAUAAAACAUCAAUCGGAAGUACGAAAUGGGGAUUUUGUUAAAGGUGAAUACAGUCUGGUCGAGCCUGAUGGUACUGUUAGGACGGUACAUUACACCGCUGAUCCAGCGAAUGGAUUUAAUGCAGUUGUAGAAAAAAGUCCCGUGAUUCAAAGCCAUAUCAAACAUCCUGUACCCCUUCGAAGAUCUAAAAUACGAAAAGGACCCGUUCUUUUUCCGCAAUCAAACGUUCCGACUAAUAAUUUGGUAGAAGAACUGAACCAAUAUUACGAAGAACUUGAUAAUGUGUAUUUACUUAAUAUCCCUUAUCCAGCAGAUUCUUCGAAUUAUAUUGCUAUAGUGUAAGUUGGUGGAUUGCACAUCUUCUGUUGUUUUUAAAGUUAUUUUAUUACGAUGAUAUUUUAUAAACUUAAAAUUCGCUUUCGAAUAUAAUUAAUUAAGUAUAAUUUUACAAAAUGUUUAUAUAAUAUUUGAGUUUUUUUGUUUGUUGAAAAGUAAAUAAAAAUAAAAGAAGCGUGUGAAUUGAAGAAAAUGUU